AUGCGUUCUUUGAGUAGUAAACCACGAGCUGAUAGCCACAACCACUGUCAGCACUUGACAACAAGGACCAUCACAUCAACACACGACUGCAUUGCUGAGGCAUCUAACGGUACAGAACCUGUUUAUCUCGACCAUAUCGUAAUCAACUUGCUGGAACCAUCGUGCAUUGAAGAAGAGAAUGGCAGCAACGACUGUAGCUUGAACGUCAAUCAGUUGACGUCCACGAAGCUUACAAAGAGCGUGAGGUGGUCAACCAUCACUGUUCAUGAGUUUGGUGUAGGGUUGGGCGGUAGCGCCGUUUCCAAUAAGGGCGGCCCGUCUAUUGGUCUUGCAGAUACACCCGAGUUCACGUGGACAACGAGAGUGGGUGAGAUGGCCGAGUGUGUUGAGGGCGUGCAUCGUUUUUCGCCCAACCAGCGCGUCCGUCUGCUGCAAGCCGCUGGUAUUCCAGAUGGCAUCAUCACGCGUCAUGCACGUGAGGCCAACAUCAUCUUGGGCUCUCGACGUCGGUCAAAGGUUAGCUGGAGUGACAGUGACUUGGACGAGUCCGAGGAGGAAGAAGAGGAGACGUCCAAGAAGGUGUUUCGCAAGAGGAGCGCAGAUCAGGCGAUGAUGGGGCAUCCGUGCUCGGUCUAUAUGCGACGGCCACGCAUGAUCCCAGUCAACUAUGUGUAG